CUUCAGAUGACCAUACUCUGGUUGCUUUUCCUCCUUCAAGCAGCACAUGCGGGACAAAUUACGAAAGAAGAGAAUUUCGAGCUGAAGAAAAGGUGCAGCAACUUUGCAGGCAUUUGGUCGGAGAGUCAUUCAAAAGGGCUAGCAAAUUUGAUAGAGAGUACGGAAAGCAGAUUACGAGUCGACCAGUCGGAGUACCCAUUUGUUGCUGCAUUGUCACAAAUUAGAGUGGCUCGCACAUACAAAACCUCCUACCCCUACAACAACGGUUGGUAUAACGAGAAAAACAUCACCUAUCCCCUCUGCAGCGGCGUGCUGAUUUCAUCCCGCCACAUCCUGACUGCCGCGCAUUGCUUAGUCGAGAAGAAUGGAUUACGAUUGGGACGGUUUAUAGCCCAGGAGAUUGGUGUUUUUCUUGGAAGCAGGUGCGUACACGCAAAGUGCUGGCCUAAAGACUUGGAGCACUUUUAUGAAGCGGCAUUUGUGUAUGCGCAUCUAAACUAUGACGUGAACGAACUUCAAACGGAAAGUGCUUCAUACGAUAUUGCUGUGAUCGAGCUCAAGCGGGAUGUAAAUUUUUUGCCAAUUUGUAUGCCUCAAGAGAAUGAUCGUAUCUCUUACGGAAAAUCUAUCGGAUACGGUAUGAAGCCUGGUUCCAAUUCUCCUUUGGAAGCCGUGGCUUACGAUGAAAUAUAUGACUUUUACGGAAAUAAAACUAUCGUGGCUUACACGAAGUAUAGGAAUGGAUUAAUAGUCGGUGGAGACAGUGGUGGGCCGCUAGUUAAAAAGCUGAAUGGGAAACACUAUCUUUUUGGUAUAACAUCGGGAAAUAACGACGACCCAGAUCCAAAAGGAUGGAAGCCUAUAGCAAAUCGGUUUACCGACGUGCGGAAGCAUCUUCAUUGGAUUUGUGGUCUAACAGGAGUUUGCCCGCUCUCCUUCAACGGCUACGAGCAGUCAACAUCAAGUGCUGGGAAGGAUUGAUUCACCCAGCAAUUUUCUGACGAUGUUCGCUGAUGAAUGAAAGAAACGUUACAGAAAUGUGAACGAUUAACAAUCUGUUGCCGAUAAACAGUUUGUGCAUCAUCGAUUUCAACUGCAGUUAUUGAUAUCAGACC